AGCGGAGAGCGUCACUCACGAGUCUUCUCAAACUUUCUGCUCUUAUUGAAUUUCACCCACGCAAGUUAAGUUUGAUUUAGUGGAUUCGCGGGGAGUUAAAAGCUUAAACCUCGAAAAACAGCAGUGAGUGUUACUUUUAGACGCCGUAAAACAGUUAGCUUGUUGACGCUUUGUGUCGCGGUUGAUCCACAGCGGCUGCUGCUGCGCCCUCAGGUUGCCACACACAUCCAGCAUUCACAAUGAAUAGUACAGAUCUGAACUCAACGACCACGUUUACAGGGCGAACUGUGACGAGGACUUCAGCUCUGGGGUCGCCGUCACCAUUUCCCACACAAGCCGCCAAAACCGCCUUUCAAGUGGUAACAACAGUAACCCCUGCAGGUUCAGAUGGUACUCUUAUUGCAGUGGUCAUAGUUCUCAUCCUGGUGACGGUGGCUGUUUUAGCCUUCCUGCUGUACCGGUACCUGUGCCACAACAAAGGCGACUACAGAACGACGGGGGAGGUGGCUCCAGGAGAGGAUCCUGAUGAAGAUUUUAGCAACCAGGCUGAAAGUGAAAAGAAGGAAUACUUCAUAUGAACCAGGGAGAGAAAGAAAUAGGUGGAAAAAUAAGAAAUGGGAUGAAAUUAUUUCCCAAGAGGCUGCUACAGGCUGAAGAAACUGUCCACCAGUGAAACCAAAGACAGGAGCCAGACUGUAGCCAUGAAUGUUGAUGGAUGUGAAGCAGCUGAAAGACAACGGACGAGUGCAGAAAACCAAAGCUUGGUAUGAAAAAGUGGGUGGGAUUUUAAACGUGUCUGCAGUCUGCUAUAAGAUCAGAAAAACAUUCAGCAACCAUCGAAAUGUAACCUUGACACUAUUAUCAUGAUUAUAAGCCAUGUUUUCAGUUUCUCUCCUGGUUCCCUGAGACUUGCGGUGUUUUUUUUUUUUUUUUCAAACUUUAAGAUGUGCUGUGUGGGUUUUUAUUCUGAGUUUUAUGUUCUUUUAGUUAAAAAAAAUGAUUUCAAAGCAUCUGCGUUUGUUGCACCUGUUUCUCUAUAAACUGUUACUGGAGACUUUAUGUAUCGAAGAUGGUAAAGAUUGUUUUUUUUUUUUUUUAACAUGUUAUUGUGUGAGAAUAUUUCUUCAGAAUUUUUAAAUUCAUUUUGAAACAUCUUUCCUCCAAUAAAAACAUCUUCAUACACCAAUGUGUCCCCUUACUACGAAAAAGGUUUGGGAAAAACAGGAUUAUGUUAAGUGUAAACAUUAUGCAAUGAUUUAAAAUAAUUUAAAUUCAAUAUUUUAAGUGAUUAAAGUGUAUUCUCGUUCUAAAACAAAAAAGUACACUGGCUCUUUUAACUUAUGUAUAGAAGAUGCGCUCGUCAAAUUAAAGUUACGUAAGAUUUAUUGAGUACAUAAUUAAAAAAUAUUUUACGAAAUCAUACACAGUUUACCAGGUUAGUGAUUGUCUCCAUGCCUUUUUAAAAAUAGAAACAUACCCACAUUUAUCAGGUCCCUGGAAGGAUUCACUGCUGGCCACAAGAUGGAAGAUGCACAUUACAGGUUGGUUAAAUUAUAAAAGGACACCCUAAAGAUGUGAAGUAAAAAGUUCCUGCUUGGGUAUUUGUCUUGCAGCAUACGGGUAACUUGACAUGAAUUUUGCAUUAAAAAUAAAUUGAUGUUAGUGUUCCUGUAGGUGCAGCGCUGAAAAUGGCAAAUGGACAGAAUUUAUAGUCAUUUUGACCACUCGUGCUUUAUUCUAGAGCCACAUUCACAUCCAUACACUGAUAUGCAACCUGGGGUUAAGUGCCUUGCUCAGGGGGCACAUUGACAUGUGACAGGAUGAAGCUGGAAUCAAACCUUAAACUUUGGGACUGGGAGACAACUACUCUUCCCAUUGAAAACUAUUAGAGAACUAUUGUUACAGCUAUAUUUUUUUAAUAUCCUUUCUAUGUAGAACUGAGCUGAGUUCAUGCCUCAGAUUGGAGUGAAAACACUGUACUGCCAAAAUAAUCUACCUUUACAGGUACAUGAACUUUGAAAACAUCCUAUUCUUAAUCUAUAAAGUCCAAUUUGUUGAUGCACCCACCGUUGCCAGCAUUAGCAACUUUAACUAGUCUGUAAACAUCUUCCGAAAGGUUUAGGAGUGUGUUCAUAGUUAGAACACCAGAAUUGAAGACUAUGUUUUAAUUAAUCCCAAAUGUGUUUAAGAAGGUUGGAAUCAGGACUCUGUUCAGGCCAGUCAAGUUUCUCCACACCAAACUUUCUACACCUGCAGCCAUAGAAGUGAUUGCAACACCAGAAUUCAUUGAUUUGGUGGUGUGACCCAAUACUUUUGGCAACAUGGUGCAGUUGAACACUAAUUGCAAUGGUCCAAUCAAGUCCAAACCUCAAUAUAUUUGUAAAAUGCUGUUUUGGGAUCAUAAAUAAAUGUCUGCUCAAUGAAAUGAAGCAAUGUUGUAAAGAGGAAUGAGCUAAAAUUCUUCCGUAUGAGAUAAUACAGACUUUGCUUGAAGUUACCUCUGUUGAAGAUAGAUCUACAAGCUCUUGAAUAAUGGGAUGUACUUAGUUUCUACAUUUUGGCUUUGUUCCUGUUUGAAUAAUAAUGAUGUGGUGGUUAUAGGGUGUUUUUGUACAUUUCUGAUUAGAUUUAAAGACUUUUAAUGGCCUGGCGAACUCCAAAUCAUUUAUACCAAGUCCCGAUACAUGAAACCUUAAAUCAUAAAUCAUUUCUGUUCCCAUGACUGAAAAGGCUGGAUCAAAAUCUCCAACAUGAUUGAUUCCCAGGCCCAAUAACACACCUAACUGGGGCCAUAUGGCCCGUUUAACCUGCUAUGGGUCUACAGAUGAAAACUAGCCUCUCUAGCUAAAUCUGGCAUAUUUACAGGAUGUAAUUCAUGUUGAUUAAUAUGCAUUAUCCCCUUUAUCAAAAAUAAAUAAAUCUAAAUCUAAAAAUAAAUAUGGCAGCUGUAUUGACAACGCUGUCUUAAAAAGGUGAAUAAAGCCGUGUUGGCUGUAAAAUGAGAGAUUGUUGCUUUCAUCCCUUUUUGUGCGCAUUGUAAGGUUGUCAAAGACCAGAUGCACAGUAAACAAAUCACUAACACUCACUGCCCCUCUCCAGGCCAAAGGUUUUAGUAGACCCGCACCAUUUACCAGUCGGCAAGGCAAACAGCACACUGGAAAGGUGGAGCUGUGUUUGAAGCUGCAAGCAGAGGAGGUCCGAAUUAACCAAGAGGCUGACAGAUAUAAAAAUGUUUGGUUGCUGAGAUGACAAUUUUGCCACAAAUGAAUGAGUAAAGUCAAUGAAUUAACUAAACAUGAUGAUUUCCAGGCUGCACAUUAACCAACAGGUGAACUCCUGCAAUUCACGUUUUAAUAUAGCAAAUUUAUGUUGUUGACAGUUACUGACAUUACAAAUCAUCUCCUUUCUCACUUGGUCUCCAUCACUUUACCCAGGUCAUACUGACAGUUCAGAGAUCUGCUCCUCCCUCCACAGUCUGGCAUUAAAUAUCUAGUUUGUAACAUGGCACUGGGCAAAGAAGCUUACACAGGAACAAAUAACAGUAGACCUGUGGGUUUUCUUGGAUAUUACCUUUAAUAUGUUUUUUGGAUGAGGCCCCAUAUUUUCUAAGUAUUGUUUAAGGGUAUAGUACCUUGUAGAAGUAUUUGUAGGUCUCAAGCCUUUCCACAUUUUGUCACGUCACAACCACAAAUGUCAAAGUAUCAAAACUGGAUUUUAUGUGACAGACCAGCACAAAGUAGUGCAUAAUUGUCAAGCAGGACGUAGUUGUUGCAUGGUUAUAUCAUAUUUAUUAAAAAUAAAA